UAGUUUCAGUUUGAAAAUUGUUUUCAGAGAUGAAGGUUACCCAUCGCCUGGCUGUACUUUGGAUUUGCCUGAUAACUCUGUGGGAGUUAUCUACCUGUCAUAGUACCAAGGAUUGCCUGAAACUCCACAACCUGACCAGUGCCCAAAUAGAAGCAGUGAAUCCCUCUACACCCGUUUCGAUUGUACCCUUGAAUAUCAAAUGCUUUAGCCGAUGUGUGAUCGAUGAGUAUUAUGGUGAUGAUGGAAAAAUCGAUUUGCAAAGAGUGGGAAAUCGUGGAACCCAACAAGAACAUAUUAUUUUGUCUCAGUGUAAAGAGAAGUACGAUGACGCCAGCGAUCUGGGCAGAUGCGACUAUCCAUAUCUGAUGAUUCAGUGUUUGUUAGAGGGCAAAACGAGCGGAACGAUCGUGUCGUAAUUUUAGCUAUAAUAUAUGUAUGUAUAUACACGCCGCAAUGGCUAGAAAUAUAUAUUUAUAUAUUU